AUGGUGGAUACGUUUGACAACACGACCAAGGAGAACGAUGGUAUUCACCUCUUGCUGGACUGGCUCGGCACCUUCAAGGGCUUCCACAACAAACUGACCCUUCUGUCCGCCAACAAUGCUGGUCGUGGUCUGUUCGCCUACGCCAAGGCCCUACAGCCCGGCGAGCCCAUGCUGGUCAUUCCUGCGCAGUCACUCCUCAACCCCUUGACACUGUCGCGCUCACCGCUGAACACCAUCCCGAGCGAGCUCUUCCCUGCGUCUGCGUCGACGUCGUCACCACCCCCGCGCUCUCCCGGUGGAGGUUCACGCCGCCUCACCACCACACAGCUCCUCACUCUCCACCUUGCCCUGGCACGCGAUCCCGAAGGUCGUCACAAGAGCGAGUGGCAGGUCUUCGUCGACUCGCUCCCCUCCUUCAGACCUCUCCACCCGGCCACUUGGGUGAUCCCCAACAGCGAUGCCCCCAACGACCCUUUCUGGCCGGAACUUGAAGCGUGUCUCAGCGAGAGCGUGCGCAUCAAGAUUGCUGCCGUUGUCAAGCGCUACAGGGAAGACCUGGCGAUUCUCCGUCGCGUCCUGACGUGCGAAGAGCCAUUCAAGUCGCAAGACCUGAACGACGUCAUCUCGGAUGAAACCUUCCUUUGGGCGUGGCUUAACGUCAACACUCGUACCGUUGCCAUGCCACUUGGCCUUGCUGAGCCUCCCAAUGCUGGCUGGCCCGUGAACAACCACUCCUUUGUGCCCCUGCUCGAUAUGAUUAACCACUCUUCGAUUCCGCACGUCAUUUGUCCCAAACCCGAACCCUUGCCGUCUCUGUCCGUCUCGAAGCGAUCAGCUCGGGGAGCACAGCGUCCCGGUGGCAACGUCCACCUGAUCCCCGGCAAGGUUGACCUCGUCCUCUUCGCCCCCCUCCGUGGUCUCGACGAAGGAGAAGAAGUAACCUUCCUUUACGGUCCUCACUCCAACGCUGUGCUCUUCGCCGAGUACGGUUUCACGGAAGUGGACGAAGUGGGCGACACCUGGUGGCCCAAUGCCGAUAUUGACGUGUCCCCCUGGCUCGACCAAGUGUGGGCCACGCAGGGAGGCAACGACGUCAAGCGGGCAGCGCUCGAGGCCGCGAACAUGUGGGGUCACUCCAAGCUGGCCGCCAACGGUGGUGAGCCCCAGCCCAGCGUCGGUCUCAUGACCACCCUGUGCGUCAUGUGUUCGCCCGACGACGCAGUGUUCACCCCGGACGCGCUUCGCGUGCGCACAUUCUCGCGCUCGGCAAAGCAAUCCGCGCGCCGCGCACUGGCGCGUAUCUGCGAGGCCAUCCUCAACGACGUCGAGGACUGCCGUGCCGACGCGGCGGACGUGGCUACUCGUGCUGGUGGGGAUGCGGACAAGGCUGAGGGGCUGCGUAUCACCCGUGCGUUGCUUCGUGAGGAGGAGUGUAUCACCAAGGGUGUGCUCGACCUCGUUGAGAGUGGAGGCAUCAUUCCUGGUUUCUAG